AUGAAUAAAGAGCAUUUGCUGAAGGUGGAUCCCAUCCCCGAUGUGACUAUUAAACGCGGCCCUUUGAGGUCUUUUCUCAUAACAAAACCCUGUGAUAAUUUGAGUUCAUUACGAACAGUUACUUCAUCUAAGGAAAAGCUUCUAGUUGGCUGUUUGCUGAUAUUUACUGCCAUCGUAAGGCUACACAAUAUCUCCCUGCCAAAUAGUGUUGUUUUUGGUGAAAAUGAAGUUGGUACAUUUGUUUCUCAAUACGUGAACAACAUAUUCUUCACCGAUGUUCAUCCUCCUUUAGUGGCAAUGCUAUAUGCAACCGUGUCCUCUGUUUUUGGUUAUAAAGGGCUUUUCAAUUAUGGGAACAUUGGUACUGAAUACACGGCAAACGUUCCAUACGUCGCGAUGAGGUUCUUUUCUGCUACUUUGGGCAUCGUGUCCGUUUUGGUAUUAUACUUAACGUUACGAGUUUCUGGCGUGAAAAUUGCGGUAGCUGCCAUUUGUGCAGUAUGUUUUGCAAUUGAAAACUCCUUUGUAACGUUGUCUCGUUUCACCUUGAUAGAGGGACCCUUUGUUUUUUUCAUGGCAUGUGCAGUUUAUUUCUUUAGAAGAUCGGAACUUUAUUUGCCAAAUUCAUGUAAAGCAAACAAGUCAUUACUUGCUGCGAGCAUUGCAUUGGGAUUUGCAGUUUCUUCAAAAUGGGCUGGCCUCUUCACCAUCGCAUGGGCUGGUAUUAUUGUCCUUUGGAGAGUAUGGUUCAUGAUUGGUGAUUUGUCAAGACCCAUUGGUUCUUCUAUCAAAUAUAUGGCGUUCCAGUUUACCUGUCUAUUAGCUAUUCCUGCCUUCAUCUAUUUUCUCAUUUUCAGCGUGCAUAUUAAGACAUUAAACGUGAAUGGUAUUAGUAGUAGCUUUUUUCCCGCUGAGUUUAGAAAAACUUUAAAAUACAACAACGUUAUUAAAGAGACUGUGGCAGAAGUUGCAGUGGGUUCCGCUGUUUCACUGAAUCAUGUUGGAACGGCAGGUGGUUACUUGCAUUCUCAUCUUCACAAUUAUCCGGCUGGUUCCAUGCAACAACAAGUUACUUUGUAUCCUCACAUCGACCAAAAUAACAAAUGGAUUAUUGAGCUGGCUGAACAUCCAAAUGAAAAUGUCACAAGUUUCCAAAAUUUAACCGACGGUACCAUAAUUAAAUUAAGACAGCUUAAGAACGGCUGCAGGUUACACUCACAUGACCACAAACCUCCAGUUUCUCAAAAUGCGGAUUGGCAAAAAGAGGUGUCAUGUUAUGGAUACGAGGGCUUCGAAGGUGAUAUAAAUGAUGAUUGGAUAAUUGAAAUCGAUAAAAAGAGAUCAGAGCCGGGACCUGCCCAGGAACAUAUUAGGGCUAUUGAAACCAAAUUUAGGCUGAAGCAUUAUCUAACUGGUUGUUACUUAUUUUCACAUCCUGAAAAGCUACCUGAGUGGGGAUUCGGGCAGCAGGAAGUUACGUGUGCAUACUUUGCAAGGGAAGACUUAACUUCAUGGUAUAUUGAAGAAAACGAAAACGAAAUUUCUUUGCCAAAUCCAGAGAAGGUUUCUUAUAAGAAAAUGAGCUUUUGGCAGAAGUUUGUUGCUAUCCACAAGUUCAUGUUCUACCUUAACAAUUAUAUGGAUACUAGUCAUGCCUACUCAUCUGAACCAAAGACUUGGCCUCUUAUGUUGCGUGGUAUUGAUUUUUGGAAUGAAAAUGGCAGAGAGGUGUACUUUUUAGGUAACGCUGUUUUGUGGUGGUCUGUCACAGCAUUUAUUUGCACGUUCAUCAUUGGAGUGGCUGUUGAGCUUCUUGCUUGGAAAUUAGGUGUGAAUAUUCUACGGGAUAAGCACAUCAUAAAUUUCCACUAUCAGGUCUUUCAGUACUUAUUAGGCUUUGCCGCCCACUAUUUCCCUUACUUCUUUGUGGGGCAAAAGUUAUUUUUGUACGAUUAUUUGCCGGCCUAUUAUUUUGGUAUCCUAGCAUUUGGUCAUGCUUUAGACCUGAUUUCAACCUAUAUUUCUAACAAAAGAAACAAUACUGGAUAUAUAGUGGUGGCUAUUUUCAUGGUUGUAUGUUUCUAUUUCUUCAGCGAGCAUUCUCCACUUAUUUAUGCUACUGGAUGGUCGAGUAACCUGUGUAAGAGGUCCAAGUGGUUAGGAAGCUGGGACUUUUAUUGCAAUUCACUAUUACUAUCCGAUAGCCACUAUGAAUUAAACGCUGAAUCAUGA